AGCCGCCUAUCCCGGAAUGGACUGGGAUGGAAACGCGAAGCAACAAGCAAGGGAUGAGCGCUUUGUUGCUAAAGCGCAUACGUUUUCUUGGUUUGUUUUUUGGGGGUGGGGCAAUAAGCUUGCUUCUUCACAAGCUUAUCCCCGCCCCCUUUCCUGUCCGUCCCGACCGGCAGCAGUUGGGUCUCCCCAUCUCUCCUCAACUUCCCCGGUCUUCGGCCCGAGCUGUAUGAGGCAGAAACUCGUCCCACGUACGGUUCGGAGGCCGAGCCCCACCCCUGCAAUAAUGGUGCAGCUUAGGUCAACUAAUACGAAUAAGAUACAGUUCACUCAACGAUUGCCUUUGGGUCCCGAACUCCAUAUGGGGAAGGAACGUUGUUGUUUGCGAGGUCUCGAUCAUUUACAUGGACCCACUUCUCAUUCCAUUUGUGGGAAUUUUAUGAUUUAUAAACCGUCCCCAACGAGCGAAAGGUUCAUGUUUGAACAUGAUGAAUCACUUCGUGCCGACCUGUUGCCCAUAAACUUUCCUGCCUCAUAUGAGAAUGGAAAACUGGAAGAUUUUCUGAUGAAGAAUCACGAACAUAAGAAUUUCUGGUUUAGCAUGUUCCCAGAAAGAAGAUACUACUGGUCGCGAGAAACGAGGAGCACGACUGAAGUGGCUAUACAUACAAAUCCAUUGACGGAUCUAUAUGCUCCGAUUGGAACUGGAAGUUCCAGAACUGGCGGCUGGUAUACCACCAUAAUGAAAUUGCCUUUUAUUUUUAGUAUUCGGAUAGGAUUUCUGUUGGCUUCAUCGGGAGGCUCGCGUAGUUUGUUACGUCAACUCCAAAAGGAUAAGUUGCAUUGGAAUCGAGAAAGUUUCGUUCAUAAUUGCAUAAAAGGAGUCAAAAUAGUGGCUGCGGCGCGUCGAGGGUUGAUAUCGAAUAACCUUUCGAGCCUUCCCCAAUGGAUCUCUAUCCUCCUUUGAAACCAGUAGAAGUUCACUGACCAUCCCUGUCAAACAUAACCCAAGGUAGGAUCGAGAGGAGAAGAAUAGGACUCUUGCUAGUAUCAUAACCUCUCGAUGGGAGAAUGAAACCAUUAGAUUAGUGGAAAGAAGAAAGAAUGGGAAGAAAGCAGCCAUGGGCAAGCUUUAAUUAAUAUAAAUAAGUAGGAGUUACAGCCUUUAAAUUAGAGUGAAACGAGCCUUUGACGUAGUCAGAAAUUCUACUGCCCUUUCUCUUCUUUCUUUUUUAUUUUUUAUUCUAGUUUUUUAUACUAUACGUAUAAUCACCUUUCCGGGGAAGGGGUAACAUAGACGGAGGCACAUGUAGACAGAUACAGACUUUUGAAAUCUUUUGCCUAAGCGAAGUAGAUAAGUAUGAGGGAAGAAGUAUUUUAUUGUCCAGCAUGAUCGGUUUCAUAAGUCCAGUUGUGCCAGAAGCUAGAGUUGCCUUUAUUAGUGGAUAAGGGUGGGUUAGGCAUGACAUUCUUAAUCGUAGACAAGGCGCGCUGCGGAAGAGCUUGAUUGCUAACUAAUUGCUUGCUUUUAACCAGUGACUGACUUACACGGCUACUACUUUCCUGAGUACCGCUUCAGAAUCGUUCCUACUUUCCUUUUUAAAGGUCUUCCUCUCUCUACUAGGAUUGACUCGCUUAGAAGUCGAGGGGGUCCCAUUUCCAUUCCUUUGCCAAAGACCCUAACGACAGCUUGAACUACCUCAAAGAUUUGUCUCAUUGAUCCGAAAAGAAAGGAAAGAAGAGGAUUCCUGGGAAGGAUAGAGUAUAUCAGCAGGUUCAUCGCACAGCUCACUCCAAAAAGGAUUUGAGUGGAAGGUUGAGCGCCCCUUAACGUUUAGAAGUAUCCUUUUUUCAACGGUUAGAAACCUUUCUAUUCUAAGACGGCUAGGCUAAGUCGAGGGCAGACACAACAGGUCACGAAGAGCUAGAGGAUAUAGAAUUCCUAUUUACCGGGAAGAAAAGCGGAAGGAAACAUCGGCUCUUCCGAGAUCUUAUGUAAGGAAUACUAGUUCUCUAAAAAGUAGAGCUAAAAGAUCUUCAAGAAAUGUCUUUCCCGCGGAAGACUCUAACUCCUCAUAGCAUUACGCUAAUCCGCAAAUAUCGAAUGAUGCUUCGACAGAUUCAGUCAUCCAUUCAGCUUUGAAAUCGGAGACAAGGAAAACUACUUCAUAGAAAUAGAAAUAGAAGCGCCGCGGAUCAAUAUAGAGAUGCGAACCAAUAUCCUUUUCCUGGUGGACUCUGAAGUACUCGUCUUUUGCACAAGGCCUCGUGUCAAAUAACAUCCAACCACGUCCACGUCCUCCUACCUCGCCCAUUUGCGGAGAUCAUCUACAUUUUGCUUCGUGUCGAGCUCUAAUCCAAACGUUUUCCUUCGGGAGGGCAUUGCUGCUUUCUUUCUGUAGUGAGGCUGGCUCUUAAAAAUGAGCUAAACUCUGAUAGAUUUAAAGGUAAAUUUAGGUAUUCUUAUCUUAUAUGUAUCGAGUGAUUGUGAAGCGCAUUCAACGCGCUAGAUAUGAACAAGGCUUGUUAGCAUUGGCACGUGCAUAUGUUGGGUAUGAUAUUUACUUUCCAGCAUUGAUUUAUUUUAGAGGGCGCAUCUAUCGUGCAGGAAUACUACACUUUCACGAGCGGGACUUUGCUAAAUGUCUAAUAUCUUUUCCUAUUGGUAGUGGUGAUGUUAAGUUCACAGGAAAAGAAGACAAGGAAGAAGCUACUACUUAUAUGAUUGAGCAAGCUGUGGGUUUCCAUCAUCAUUUGGCUUUGCCCUUCCUCCUCGUUUUUCUUUGAGAUUGGCAAUCUUAUCCACUUUUUUACUUUGCUCCACACAGAUGAAGGCAAGCUUGUCUUCGCUCUAUCUUACCAGGAAAGUAGGAAAUACACACCCCUGUUGGUUAAAGCAGACUCGUAUGCCUAUUCUGAUGCGGAGGGAUCAGCCACCUCUUUCUGUUCGAAAGAUUCCAGACCUGACUUAAAGCCCUCUUUCACAAGACAUUUGGUUGAUCAGGAUUUGGUAAACCUAGAGAUCUGAUUCUGGGAUAGGGUAAAUCUGUUCUUUCUGCUUCUGCCUAUGCUUGUCUUUUAGCAUUCGCCUAUGCGGAUUGAGAUAGAUAUUGAUAUCUAUCUGGGCGAAAGAGCACAAAAGGGAGUGGUUUGGCCGCUAAGAACUUAACUCCUAGGCGAUGGAAAUAUAGAAUCUAUGUAUGGCUCAGCCAUCUCUUCUUGAACUUGCUGUGGAACUUCUCUAUCUUUGUCAUUAAAGGCUAUGUAUCCCUUUCCCUCAUUAGUACUCAAGCACUAGAACCGCUUACUGAUUCAACGACGGUUACUGAUAUGCCAUGUUGAUCGUCAUUUCUCGUUGAAUGGUUCUCCCUCCUGUAGCUCUGUGGGCAUUCAAACCAGAGUUUAUGCGGUUGGCUAUGUCCCUUCUAGAACUGCUGUUUUUAGCAAUUGACAGAAAAAGUUCCGUAAUCGUCCUAUUUUUUCGUCCUUGUGGAAGCGAGAAAUGCGUAAUUAAUAAAUAUAGUGAUGUGAUGAUUCCAUGAAUCUCAGAAAAGGUAGGGGUCAAGGACCUUAUGGGACUGCAAUCGUGCCUGCCAAUUGGGGAAGGACGCGGGCCUGGCAACCGCUCGGCUCUAGUAAGGGAAACAGGUAUGUCUCACAUCAUUGCUCGAAGACUGGAAAAACAGCAAGUUAGCUCAGUUGGGUAGAGUGCUGGUCUGUCACGCCAGAAGUCGCGGGUUCGAACCCCGUUUUCCCCGCACGAUCUGAAACUAAUAGAAUAGAAGGGGCCAUAAACAGGAGAGUCUUGACCAAUUCAUUUGGUGUAGUUGAAAUAACGGAAUUGGAAGUUGUUCGGUCAAGUAUAGGAAAUUAAUAUAAGAAUGAAUAACUUUCUCAAUGGUUUAUUUUUUGUCUUUUAUUUAUCUUAAUAUUCAUUCCAUUCAGGCCAUUCGCAAGCAAGCACGAAAAAGCUUCUAUUUCUAAACGGAAACGCCCAGCCCAAUACAUCGAAACUCAUUACCCAUGGGCAAAGAAAGCCAGUCGAGAAAAAAAAA